UAAAAAAAGUCAUAGAACUGCAAACCAGAAACGACGUCGUUUUUUCCUUCUCUAAACCUUGUACUAGCAAGUAUAACUAUGCUACCUUGUUCAGGCAAAAAAUUUGUGCGCCCAAAAAAAACUUUAAAAAGAGAAAGAAAUUGUUGACUCACUGUUUUUUUCCUUCUGAAUCAUUGACUCAGUGUUGUUUAGUAAUGGCAGAAUCUCAGGACAAGGUGGUGGCUGUGAUCAUGGUCGGUGGCCCAACCAAAGGUACUAGAUUCAGACCACUUUCAUUCAACACUCCCAAACCUUUGUUUCCAUUAGCUGGCCAGCCUAUGGUUCAUCAUCAUAUUUCUGCUUGUAAAAGGAUACCGAAUUUGGUUAGGAUUCUCCUGAUUGGGUUCUAUGAAGAGCGGGAAUUUGCGUUAUAUGUGUCUUCCAUUUCUAAUGAACUCAAAAUACCUGUAAGAUACUUGAAAGAGGACAAACCACAUGGUUCUGCUGGUGGAAUUUACUACUUUAGAGAUUUGAUCAUGGAAGACAGCCCGUCUCAUAUCUUUUUGCUGAAUUGUGAUGUUUGUUGCAGUUUUCCGUUGCCAGAUAUGCUCGCGGCACACAGAACAUAUGGUGGGAUGGGAACAAUGUUAGUAAUCAAGGUUUCUGCUGAAUCAGCUGACCAAUUUGGUGAAUUGAUUGCUGAUCCAAUCACCAAAGAACUGUUGCAUUACAUAGAGAAACCAGAAACUUUUGUAAGUGAUUUGAUAAACUGCGGUGUCUAUGUAUUCACUCCAGAUAUCUUUACUGCCAUCCAAGGUGUCUUUACAAAUCGGGAAGGCAGAGGAAGUCUGCUUCGUGUAUCCGGCUUUGAGCGUUUCCAGUCUCUGACGAGGUCCAGUCUUCCUUCAGAUUUUGUACGGUUAGAUCAAGAUAUUUUGUCACCUCUUGCUGGAAAGAAGCAAUUUUAUACAUAUGAGACCAUGGAUUUCUGGGAACAAAUUAAAGCUCCUGGGAUGUCUUUGAAAUGUUCUGCGUUAUAUCUUGCCCAAUACAGACUCACAUCUGCUCAUCUUUUGGCUACUGGGAUCGGAACUACGAGUGCUAGCAUAAUUGGUGAUGUUUACAUUCAUCCAUCAGCAAAAGUGCAUCCAACUGCAAAGAUUGGCCCCAAUGUCUCUAUUUCGGCAAAUGUUCGUGUAGGAGCAGGUGUAAGACUUAGAAGCUGCAUUGUCUUAGAUGAUGUCGAAAUUCAGGAAAAUGCAGUGGUUAUGAAUUCAAUUAUUGGUUGGAAAUCAUCUCUAGGAAGAUGGUCAAGGGUCCAGGCUGAUGGAGACUACAACACAAAACUUGGAAUAACCAUCCUUGGAGAGGCUGUUACUGUUGAAGAUGAAGUUGUCAUUACUAACUGUAUUGUUCUUCCUAACAAAAUUAUUACGACCAGAGAACAGGACGAGAUUAUCUUAUAAACGUUUAAGAAACUGUUCAGAGUUGAUUCCCUUCCUGGUCUUCUUUCAUGGAGAUCUCACAGAAUCAUCUAUCAGGAGUUGCAUGGGAGGAUCUUCUGCUGCACGGAUUUAUUGAGUAUCAAAAUCAUAGGCACUUAGAUUCCAGCGCCAGACCAACUACAUUUCUCUUGUGUAGUUAUAUGCAAGUUAUGUUGCUCGGAAACUUGUCUAAUCCUAUGGUUUGGCCUUUUGGUGGAAACUUAAAAAUAAUAUUUAUAAUCAAUUAUAUUAAAAAAGUUAGUUUCGAUGUUUUUUCA